AUGAUGCUGAGAAGCUCCUCAACGCCACUUCUUGGAUCCCUCCUGCCACCAUCUGAGAGCCCCAACAACCACCAUGACACCGCCCUCCACCCACACAAAUCCUCCACAAUCCACAAAUUCUCAUUUCCAUCGCCUGGAUCUCAACAUUUCACCCCACUUUCAUGCAGCUCCUCUCCUAUCUCACCUUCACCUUCCUUCAGUAAUGGCGGAAUGCGGAGAGCACAAUCAGAAGGGAACUUGGAAAGCUUGAUGAGUUCCAGUUCCAGCAAUGGCAAUGAUGAAGAAUUCAGUUUCUUCAAACAACCCAAAAAAGUAAGUAGGCUUCACAGUUCUUUACUGGAGACAAUCCCAUCUUUCUCUUACCACAACUCAAGAUUCAAGUCCGAUGAAGAUGAAUCCAGUGGCCACGAAGAACAAGAGGAAGACGACGACUUCCAUGGUUUUAAUAUAGAAAACAAGGUUUUGAACUUGAAUAAACAAAUGGAUUUGGGGAUAAAAGACGACUAUAUGCGGGAAACUGGUUCACAAAUGUAUCUUGCAAAAGGGUUAGGAGUUGAUACUCAUACUGGAAGUGGUGCUGCAGGUGGUGGUGGUGGUGGUCGGAAGCUUUCUCAAGGGGGUGGCGGUGGUGGUGGUGACAACCACGAUGUGGAGGAGCAUUAUAGGAAGACGGUGAAUGAGAAUCCGGGGAAUCCUCUGUUUCUACGGAAUUAUGCUCAAUAUCUAUAUCAGUCGAAGAAAGAUCUUGAAGGAGCAGAGGAAUAUUACUGUAGGGCUAUCCUAGUGGAUCCUAACGAUGGUGAAAUUCUUUCACAGUAUGCGAAGCUACUAUGGGAGCUUCAUCACGAUAAAGACAGAGCAACAUGUUACUUUGAAAGAGCAGUCCAAGCAGCUUCUGAAGAUAGCUAUGUUCAUGCAGCUUAUGCAAGUUUCUUAUGGGAAAUAGAUGGUGAAGAAGACGAAGAAGAGGAAGAUGAAGAAGGGUAUUAUAGUAAAAAUAAGUCACCAAUCUUCAACAAUGAAACAAUGGCUUCUGCAACUGCUUAA